AUGCAACCCCGAGCACACACAGCAGCAGCAGCAUCGUCUCCCGAUGGCCGCUCCAUAGUCUGGACAGAUGCCAACAAAAUCUGCUGGCAAGAUCUCCGCAGCAGAGAUGCACUCUACUACACACUAGCAACAAACCGUGGCAAAGUGAUCGCCAGCCAGUUCCUACAGAUAUCCGAAAGUGGCGUCGAAGUUCUGACCCGGAAGCUCGAACGUCGCGUGAACCUGAGCAAUGGAGGCGGCGGGCUCGGCAGAAUCGCAGAUGCUGAAUUUGUGGGCAAUCACCACCUCCUGACCACAUGGGAAUUUGGCAAGGCAAAACUAUGGCAUCUCAAUUCGGGCAAAGCGACGGAGCUAUCUGAUGUGAAGACAUGUUGCGAUGGUGUCGCUGUGCAGAGCAGACCGGGAGGUAGUACGCCUCCUUUGCUCGCUUUGUUGUCGAGGACUGGAGCAGAGGACUAUCUAGCUCUACAUUUCAUCUCAGCCGAACAGGCCCCGUCUCUGAUCAAGCUGGCGACGUCUGAUGCUCAGGCUAUCUCGUGGUCUCCGGAUGGCAGAUGGCUGGCUAUCCUCGAUGUAGCAACGGCUACAUCGAAUAUACACAUCUACACGCCAGAUGGACACCUCUUCCGCUCGUUUCCGUCAAAAGGGACUGACGAUGAGCUAGGCGUCAAAUACAUGGCAUGGUCCCCGGACGGAAGUGCACUGGCACUGGCCCGCUAUGAUAGACGCGUCGAACUGCUGGACGCACGAACUUUCUCUCCAUUAGCGACGAUCAAGCAUAACACCACGAUUGACCAGAGCGCCCUGCCAGUCAGCGAGAGAGCCCUGGUGUGGCAAGAGAAUGUCUCAGCAACAAACGACCGGACGUACUCCUUUGCUCCUCAACCAAUCUCGCCUCCGUUGUCAAAGACGAAGACGGGUUCGGAUUCGGUGGAGCAAGGCGUGGCAGAAAUUGCUUACAGCUGCGACGGAAAUUACCUGGCCACCCGAGACUCUCGCAUGCUCAAUACAGUGUGGAUAUGGAGCAUGCCUACACUAUCAGCAUUUGCCGUAAUUAUACAACACAGCAAUGUGCGAAGUCUGCUCUGGCAUCCCACUCGAGCAGAAACGCUCAUGAUAGACUGCGCACAGGGCAUUGCGCACAUCUUUGACGUGACCUCAUCUGAACCACCGAGAGCCUACCGCACAAACAGCCCCCCAGCUUCCAGACUCUCCUGGAUACACACCUCACCCACAUCGAAUCUGAUCGUCAUGGCCGGUUCGAAAUUGCUCUAUCCAGAAGGGCAAGACGAGAACGAGGAAGCAACUCGCGCAGCCACUCCUCCGCUGGCAUCGACGUACGAAGAAGGCGCAAGCGAGGAUUCCCUAUUCGAGGUACUCUCUGGCCGCAAACCACUACCGCCGAAAACAGAGCCUUCGUACACCGAACGUGUAGACUUUGAGGUCGAAAGCGAAGAUGCAGAACAAGGCGCGCUUGAGGACACGUUCCGUGAGAAACGCAGACCUUUGGCCGAGGAGCUGGAUCCACUUGAUGAUAGCGAGAUCUUUUAGGAAAAGUCCUGAUAUCACAAGUCACGACGGAGACGACGUAUUUGACAGUUAUUUUGACUGUAAAAAUUUUGGGGGGCUUAUGAUAUACCUGUCGCUGGAGCCUGGGCGUCAUACUCCCACCAGUCUUGGAUCACGGAAGCUUCCUCAGCGAUUAGCUACCGAGUAGCUCGGGGUGAAGCCCAUUGCCGCACCUUUGGUGAGCUCGCGAAGCGCCAUAGUGGCAUACUGACUACUGCCCAACUGCAACUUCAAUAUCACAGCGACCUUGUCCUUUUCUGUCGCACCAUUGGCAACGGAGUCUACAUGCUUCCCAGCGCUCCUAAGCUUGUCCAGAUCUGUCUGAACGAGCUGCUCCUCGGGCGUGUUGUAUGCCUUGACCUCGACUUCGACGCCAGCACCCAACGGACGAGCCAUCAGCUUACGAUAACCUCCGGAAAGGGAAAAGUCUUUCGAUGUGCGACGCAUAUUGUAAGGAUCGAGCUUGCCGCCUUCCUCGGAAGCCAUGAAAUCGACAUAGUACUGGCCGAUUUCGUUCUUGGGAUAGAUGACAUCGUACCCCGGUAGAGGCAACACGACAUCGAAGAUGUUGAAACGACCACUCUCCGCUUCCUCUUUGCUCAGUGGACGUGCCCGAACAAAAGGGUCAUCGAGCUCGCCAGUCGCACCAGGAUUUCCUGCAUCAGCAGACGCAGAAGGAUGAAUGAUUGGCUCGCCGUGCUCAUCCGUUUCAUCCUUUGGUGCAGCUGCUCCGUUUGGUGCACCUUCGGCAGCCUCUUUCUCCCCAACGACGACCAGGUCUCCUUCGACAAGCUUGGCGCCGUGCAACUCCCAGCGUUUGCCAGCGACCAUGUUCCAGACAAAGCUUUGAUAAGCGUGAACAUACAUCAGCCUCAAAUUCCGUUGGAUGGUCAUAAGUGCGCCCUGGAAAUCGUUCUCGUUUGGUCUCUGUCCUGUCUGGCGGUCUUUCUUGCCAAGAUGGGUAAUCAUACCCUUCUCGGCUGAGAAUCGGUUUCCCUGGAGUAUUGAUAGCGCGCGAGAUGAAGUGCCGCUUUGGCGGAAAGCGUGAAUGGCAGUAGCGCGAUUGAUGUCGUCCUGUGGAAUCUUACGCAAUGGGACGUUCCUAUCAGUGCCAUUCGAAUCUGCACCUGAUUCUGAUACCUGAUUCUCUUGGAGAAGUGCUUCGUCAUAGGCGAGAAUCGAGUCCACUGCACCCUUGAGGUCGCCCUGCAGGAUCUGCAUACCCACGCCAUGUGUGCCUAUGCUGUGCGUGCCAAAACGCUGUAGUCCAUAAUAGUUCAAGUAUCCAUUCUCGCUCAAACUUUUCGCACCAGCCUCGGCGCAAGCCUUCACGUUGCGAAGCCUAGUCUCCAUAUCGCCGCCCUCAUUAGGGUCCCCUACGUGAGCAUCACGAAGUGUAAGGAGAAAUUGGUUGCCGUUGGACAUGCCUAGAGUCAACUCGUAAUUCUUGUACUCCCAUGGCCCUCCGACCCUCCAGCCUUUGGCAUGCUUGUUCAAGGCUUCGAUCCGACCUCGAUUGACGCGAUGUGCUGAUACGCGUUGGACCGUCACCCCUCUCCGAUCUUUGGUACCCGCAAAACCGAGAUGUUUCAUGUUCAUUUUCAGCUGUGAAGCAAUGAAAUAUAGCACUUCCAUGGUAUCCUUGUUCUCCUUGUAAAGCGAGAAGUGAAGAUACUCACCACCUAGCUCUGCCCAGUUCUGUUUCCCACGCUGAACAUCGCCGUUUCGCUUGGCGCUCGGGGCAAUGGCAGCUUUCGGAGGCGCAGCUCUGAUGGCAAUGACAGUCCCAGGCCCUGACUGAUGUUGCUGGUCUUGAACUGUCGUGGUCUCUAACCUUGAGUCAAAGAUGCGGCGAACGCAGAGAUGGGCUUCAGUUCUCUUGGACUUCUCGGCAAGCGGAGGUGAAUUGACUGUGGGGUGGUCUCGAGGUUUGCGUUCUGGGAACGCAACGACAGACGCAUACAAAUUGAUGAUGGCGGCAGUAGAUUCCUCACCGAAGACAUUGUUCAGUACUUCCUUGUCGGCGUCCGAGAUGCUAGCAAUUGCUUCUUCUUUCUUCGCCUUCACAUUCGUAUUAGGUGCUUCCAGCGGGGUCGACGGUGCUGCAGGGUCGGGCUGAGUUGCGUUUGCUUUACUGAGAUCUUCAGAUUGAGACUCAGCAUUCACGUGGUUAGACGUGCCAUUUGAGACUGCAUCAGCGGGCGUAGCGUCUUCGGGCUUCUGCUUCUUUUGAGGCUGCUCGCCACCAUCUUCGCGCUUUCUUUUGCGUUCUUGGUCCGGCUCAGAUGCCACAAGAUGCAGGACUUCGUCAUUUGGCAAGACCUCGUUGACCAGGAAAUCUGUGUAGCGUUGCUUCACAAUGCAUGAAAAGCCAGGUAUAUCGGGGCGCACGAAAGCUCUCAUGCCAACCGCUCGUUCCUGCGAGAUCUGGUCUCGUUCUGAGGAUAGUAGCGUCGCCAUGCUUGACUGUAACAAGCAGUGCCGAUCGAUUUUUUUAUGGUGUUAAUGUCUUGUCGGGUGCUAAAUAAUGGUUGUGGUGGAAUAUUGUGGUACCUAUUAUUGAAAUUUCGGCAUCCUUGGAGGUUGUUGCUGUUCCUGGAGCGCGUGGCUGCCUGGCGCAAACUCCGAUCGAACUAGUUCUGAUUAUCAGGCAUCAAUGUCAUCAUCACCAAUCGGUCGCCGUGAAUAAGCUACAAAAUGCUUGUAAACGGAAUUGCCAUUAUUGACCAACACUCACGCAAACAACAGUAGAAACAAACACCCAUAAACC